GAAAGCAUUCCCCCAAACCAUCACUUUACUGUCAUAAAAAGAUGCCAUGCGAAAAGUGGUAGUAACAGGUCUCGGGCUGGUGACCCCUCUCGGAAUAGGUGUCCGCCGAACAUGGAGUCGUCUUUUAGAUGGACAUAGCGGCAUUGUCUCCAUCCGAGAUAGAAGUCCGCAAUUCGCGGCUCUGCCGAGUCAAGUCGCUGCAGUCGUGCCCUCGGGUACGAAAGAAAGAGGCGAAUGGAACCCAAAGGAGUUAUUAAGUCCUGGUGACGAACGAAAGAUGGCUCGCUUUGCUCAGUAUGCCAUGGUCGCUUCGGAGGAGGCGCUUAAAGAUGCAGAUUGGCUGCCUACUAAAGAUGAGGAUCUACAGGCUACGGGCGUCUACAUGGGGUCUGGAAUUGGGAGUUUAGAUGAUGUUUAUGACACUACUGUUUCAUAUGAACAUGGAGGCUACAAGAAGGUGUCGCCGUUGUUUGUACCUCGUCUCCUCAUCAAUCUUGCCGCUGGUCAUGUCUCUAUGCGCUUUGGAUUUCAGGGACCUAAUCAUGCAGCUACAACCGCGUGCACCACGGGUGCCCAUAGCAUUGGCGAUGCAGCUCGGCUCAUUCAGUUUGGAGACGCCGAUGUCAUGAUAGCUGGUGGAGCAGAGUCUUGCAUUCACCCACUUGCCAUUGCAGGGUUUGCAAGAGCGAGAAGCCUUGCAACAGACUGGAACGACCGACCCACUGAAUCGAGUCGACCCUUUGACAGAGACCGCGCUGGCUUUGUCAUCGGAGAAGGGGCUGGUGUUGUUGUGCUAGAAGAACUCGAGCAUGCAAAAAGGCGUGGUGCGAAGAUCUACGCCCAACUUGCUGGCUACGGCUUGUCCAGCGAUGCCCACCACAUGACAGCGCCUCGAGAAGACGGGCAGGGCCCGCGUCUCGCAAUGAAGCAUGCACUCCGACACGCAGGCAUCAAGCCUAGCCAAGUCGACUAUGUAAAUGCACAUGCGACGAGUACCGUUCUUGGGGACGCAGCAGAAAACAGAGCCAUCAAGGAUCUACUUCUAGGAGAGGAGGGUAGAGAAAACGCCUCUGAUAUCAACAUCAGCAGCACGAAAGGUGCUAUUGGACAUUUGCUCGGAGCUGCCGGCAGUGUGGAAGCCAUUUUCACGAUACUCGGCUUGUAUAAUAACACUCUCCCACCUACAUUGAAUUUACAGAACCCUGGGGAUCCCAAGGAGGACUUCGAUUGCAAUUAUGUAGCCAACACCGCACAACAGAAAGAGGUCAGAGUUGCUCUCUCCAACAGCUUUGGCUUUGGGGGGACCAAUGCAUCACUGUGUUUCAGCAAAAUGUAAUGUAUUAGUAGUUGUAGAAGCUUAUAUAUUAUGAAUAUCAUGAACUAGG